AUGCGUGCUUCCACUCUUAACUUGGCUAAAGCAGUCAAAUAUGUUCCUUCAAUCAAGUUUGUUGGCGGCCCUCACCCUGUAGUGACCCAUUCUGCUGCGGAUGCUGGUUUACAUCCUUGUACCGUUGACUCACUAAGGCCUGGUGCUCCCGGUUGUUCUACGGUCGAAGAAGUCGCAAAGAAAUGGCUUCCAUUCAAGGUGGUUCCAUACGUGAACUCAAAUAAGAGUGCUUCCGGUAAGGGUUCCUCUACUAAAGCUGCUGGUAAUUCACCAAAAUAUGUGUUUAAAAACAGACCUUUGGAAGAAAAUGAAGUUGGAUCCAUAUCACAAUUACCCCCAAGAUUCAAACUGAGACCUAUGGACGAACAAGAGAUAGAAAUCAUUAACGGAGGUGGUAUAUGA